UGGGAAAAAAUGCGGUGACUGAGCCAUUUGGAGCUCAGUUCAUGCAGCCUGAUUUGGACUCAUCCGCCCCAACUUGCCGCUCUCAUAAACUCACUUUCCCAUCUCCUUCUACGGCCUGGGCCCGAACUUGCUUGCAACAACCCUCCCUGCGAUCGGUGUUAUGUCGCUGUUCUCAUGCCAGGUUGAAAAGACAGAAUCAGGCGAACUCAUUGAACCCCGCAGCCACUCUAGCCGAAAUGUCCAGCAGCAAUGCCCACCAUCAAAGGCCUCGUGCUGGUUCGCAGUCGUCGAGCGAUGUUAGCCGUGCGCAAGAGAAACGGGGCCGGAGCUUCGACAAUGAAGAAGAAGAACGUGUCGAAAGGCUUGCAAAACGAACGAGGGCAAGGGGCUCAAAGCUUCAGAUGCCUAAAAGCUCGUACACUGUGGGCUGGGUUUGUGCUCUUUAUCUUGAGUCGGCUGCAGCUACAGCUAUGCUUGACGAUGAACACCUGCCACAUGCUAUGAGCCCCGACGACACCAAUGCAUAUACGUUCGGCAGUAUCGGACCGCACAACAUUGUUAUUGCAUGCUUGCCAUCGGGGCAAUACGGCACAACAAGUGCGGCGGGAUUGGCAACUGAUAUGAAGCGGACGUUUCCUUCAAUAUGGAUUCGCUUGAUGGUUGGCAUAGGUGGCGGGGUUCCUGAGGCGGGCGAUAUACGGCUCGGCGAUGUCGUCGUAAGCAACCCGACAGGAGCUUCCCCGGGCGUCGUGCAGUAUGACUUUGGCAAAACUGUCAGAAAGGGUCGCUUUGAACGCACUGGAAGUUUGAGCAAACCUCCACCAGUGGUACUCUCGGCUGUUUCCCGGCUACGAAUUGAGCACGAACGCAAGCCGAAUCAAAUUACGAAAUUCUUGGCCGACAUGAGAGAGCGCGAACCUCUUAUGGACGAGUAUACGCGCCGAGGCGCAGAUGGCGACCGACUUUUCGUGACAUCAUACGAACAUUUCGGGGACAGUUGCGACGAUUGUGAUCCAUCUAAGCUAGUAUCACGCAUUGCGCGGCAAGACGACAAACCCAAGAUCCAUUACGGGAUCAUCGCCUCUGGCAACCAGGUCAUGAAACACGCGAAAACAAGAGAACGACUUGCUAAAGGCCACCACAUGAUGUGCUUCGAAAUGGAAGCGGCAGGUUUAAUGGACAACUUCCCAUGCCUCGUCAUUCGUGGCAUAUGUGACUAUGCGGAUUCACACAAGGCAAAGGGAUGGCAGAAAUAUGCCGCCACUACCGCAGCAGCCUAUGCAAGGGAGCUUCUUCUCGUCACGCCAGGUAGUAACUCCGUUGCACAAAUGCAGUCUGGUGCGGAUAUGGAAAGAAGUAGUGAAAAUCGCAAGAGGCUUUUGGACGCACUCAAGUUCAACCAAAUUGACAAGCGGAAAGACGACAUCAAAGAAAAUCAUGCCCAAACUUGCAACUGGCUCAUUAAGCACCCUGACUACGCCGCCUGGAUGGAUCAAAAGCAAUACUCUAAGCAUCAUGGCUUUCUGUGGAUUAGGGGGAAGCCUGGAGCUGGGAAGUCGACGAUCAUGAAAUUCGCUCUCAAGCGCGCAAGAGGCAGAACGGUUUCCUUCUUUUUCAAUGCCAGGGGCGGGGCUCUUGAGAAAUCGACGCUAGGAAUGUACCGGUCGCUCCUACACCAGCUUUUGGUCAAAAUACCCGAAGUUUGGCUCGAUGCCGACGAGUUUCCACUCCUGAACCAACAAGAACCGAUAACGUGGGAUCUUGAAACGACGAAAGACCUCUUCUGCAGGGCCGUCAAAAAACUCGGACAACGAAAGUUGACGUGUUUCGUUGAUGCCCUUGACGAAUGUGCUGAGGGCGAAGUGCGAGAGAUAGUCAAGGUCUUCGAAGACCUGUGCAAGUAUGCAUUCCAGCACGACCUCCGAUUUUACGUCUGCUUUUCAAGCCGGAACUACCCAUAUAUCAAGAUCCAGCACGGCAGACAGCUCGUCCUUGAAAAACAGACUGGUCACGGUGAAGACCUUGCAAGAUAUGUGCACGACAAGUUCGAGGCCGACACUGGGCCUGGACUUGACGAUGUCAGGGAAGAAAUCUUACGAAAGGCUUCCGGAGUCUUCAUGUGGGUCGUGCUUGUAGUUGAUAUCCUCAACGAUGAGUACGAGAGUGGGCGCUUAUGGGCGGUCAAAAGUCGGUUGAGCGAGAUCCCGUCCAAAUUGAGCGAGCUUUUCGAAAACAUAUUGACUAGAGACCAAAAGAAUAAAGGGGAUUUGCUUCUCUGUAUUCAAUGGAUUCUCUACAGUACACGCCCUCUUAAACGAGAGGAGUACUACUUCGCCUUAGCCUCCGGCUUGGGACCUGAUGCUUUGGGGAAGUGGGAUCCUAGUAAGGUCCAGUAUGACCACAUGGAUCGCCUUAUUCUCAGCUCGUCAAAGGGUCUGGCCGAGACAACGAGAUCUGGUGACAAGACGGUUCAGUUCAUCCACGAAUCAGUACGUGACUUCUUUUUGAAGGAUAAUGGAACACGUCAUCUCUGGCCUGGAAUGGGCGCCGAUUUCGAGGCCAAAAGCCACGAAAGAUUAAGGGACUGCUGCCAUGAAUACUCGAGUCGAGUCGACAUCUCUGACUAUUUGUCGGAGUGUCAAUUUCUCUUGGACCUCCCCAAGAGAAAAGCCACCGACUUGAAAGCCGACGUCGAACGUGGCUUUCCAUUUCUCGAGUACGCAACCAAUCAUAUCCUUCAUCAUUCCAAUGCCGCUGCCCAAUCGGUUUCACAAAGUUUCUUCUUCCAAAGUUUUCCAUUAAAACAAUGGAUCCAGAGAAGCAAUCUUUUCGAACAGCACAAAGUAAGAAGGCAUAAUCCCAAUUCUACGAGCCUUCUGUACAUUGUUGCGGGGAGAGGGUUAACGAAGCUGGUCGAGGAAGCGCUCCACCUCACUCCGGAUGCUGAGAUAUUUGGAGGCCGUUACGGCUAUCCACUGCUUGCAGCUCUGAAGGAGGGCCACGGAGAGGCGGCUAAGGUCUUGCUACAACAUAUCGCAAUUUCUGUAAGACAAGAUCGCUCUGCUUCAUUCGGUACCUCAGACUCCGAGACUAGCACCCAAGCUCCCCCAAGCAUUGUUUUCGCGGACAAAGAAGGACGUACGCCUCUUUACUUUGCUGCAGAAAGAGGGUAUGUCGAUAUCGCCGGAAUGCUAUUCGACUUAGGCGCUCAACCUAAGCCUAGACUAAAGGAACUUAGCCCCUUGGUCCGCGCUGCCGAAAAGGGACAAGAAGCAUCGUUAAGACUUAUUCUUCAGAGUCGAUCCAGACCGCAAUGCAGUGUCGCUACCAACACGACUUUACAAUCAACAUCGUCGGUAGACGAAGAUGGAGAUGUCAAAAGAGCCUUCAUCAAGGCGGUCCAGAUCGGAAACACCUGUACUGCGCGUCUUUUGCUUGGGACGGGUAUCAACGUUGACGCCGGGUAUGAUUUUGAUUUCACGCCUCUAGUAGCGGCAGCCCAGAACGCUCAAAAUGCUUCCAUCGAGUUCCUUCUUGAUAAUGGAGCAGACAUCAAUAGGACAUCUCUGUUGGACAAGAUGAUGCCGAUCCAUUGGGCAAUCAUGAAUGGGCACGCAGCAACCACUCGAUUAUUAAUUCAGAGAGGGUGUGAUUUGGAAGUUCAAGACGCAUCUGGGCGAACACCUCUUUACACUGCGUGCAAUGCAUAUCGUACAGAAAUGGUAGAAAUCCUUCUUAAAGCAGGUGCGUAUGUCCAUACACAGGACUUCUAUGGUGAUACUUCAUUGUCCGUUGUUGCAUCACGAGGAGCAGUCGAGCAUAUGGUCCUGCUAUUGCAACACAGUAUCCUCGAACAACAAAGAGGCAAUGGCGGGAUCAAAUUCUCUCACAAAAAUUCGCAAGAAGCAUUCGGUAGUGGACUUCCGGAUUUCAGGCACAUGGUAAACAAACUCGGAGAGACUCCUCUAUUCAAAGUCUUCCCUUUCAAGAAUACACAUGUUCUGAGUGGCCUAUUGGAUGCAGGUCUGGACCCUUCUCAUUUGGACGAUACGGGUCAAACCUUCCUCCACAAGGCAUGCAAGGCGGCAUACGAUACGAGCUCUGAAUAUCUUGAAGGUGUUGAAAAGGCCGUUGCAAAGGGUCUUGAAAUUGAUGGACGGGACCACAAGGGACGAACCCCCCUCAUCAACGCAGCCGGUGUAUACCACCAGCAGUUCGUUAGAUUUCUGCUUCAACAUGGGGCCGACCCCAAUGCGAGGGACAACGAAGGACAUACGCCAAUAUCUGAGGUUUUUUAUCCUAUAAUCAUGAAAUGGACCAAUGAGGACGGAUUAGCUACACUUCGGAGCCUUCUUGAAGGAGGUGCCGAUGCCACAGAACCAGGCCCAAACGGCGAAAAAUUGCUGGAUAUGGCUCAUCGGCUGGGAUGCAAUGAGAUGGCAGAUAUUCUGAGAGAAAGUAUGGAGGCAAGAGGUGUCACUUCAUAGAUGGUUCAGGCUUGUGUCUUCUCCCCCGGGACAUUGGAGUUUUCUCUACUUAUGGAUGGGGUGUUUCUUGUUUUUUUUAGAGUCGGGCACUUGCAGUAUGUAAUUCGUUGUCAAAGAAGGCGUUAGACAGGAAUCUCUUCUUUACCAGAUUCUGCUCAAUCUCCCAUGUGGUCAGUCUUUGGUUGAAGUCUUGAUGCUUACACAGCGUCGCAAGACCGACGUCCCAAACUCCCCGGAGGAGGGGCGCCGGCUUCGGCCGGCCAAAAUUACCCCGCCAUCACCGUCCCGCGGCGAAGUCCUCCGUUGACCACGCCAAAGUGGGCCAGGCGCUUUCUAUCGGCAGACCCAAGCUCAGGAUAUGCUCGCAUCCUCCUCUG